AUGUCGGCGCCCGGAGGAGGAGGACAACCGCCAAUGACGCCGCAACAACAGGUUUGAUCUCCCAACCUCGGCGCCUUUUAUUGAUUUCGUUUUUCAGCUAAUGUUGCGCCAACAGCAAAUGCUGCGACAACAACAGCACAAUCUCGAGAUUCAGCGGCAGCAACAAUUUCAGCAGCAACAACAGCAAUUGCAUCACAUGCAACAACAGCAACAGCCGUUCCAACGGGCUCUCACGCCGCAACAGCUUCAGCAACAGGGCGGAUCCCCGGCCGCCCAUCUUCAGAUGCACCAGCACCUUCAGGCACGGUCCCCGAUGGUCCAGGCGGGACCGGGAUCGGUGCCCGCCAACCCGAGCACUCCGCAGAUGAUGCAGCAGCAGAUGGGCAUGAAUGUAACUGCCUCUCUGGCUAUCUCAUCUUUAUCUUUGCUUCUUUUCAGCAGCCAAUGUCUCUGCCAGCUCCGCAUGUCUCCCGUCCGGCUUCAGUGGCUCCGCCAGCCUCAGUCCCUGCAAAUGUACUUCAUUCGGCCGGCGGUCCGCCGAGCAAUCAUCAGAUGGAUCAGCAGAUGGGCGGACAGCAGCCGGCACAGCAGUAUCCGAUGCACUUGCAGCCGCAGAAGACCCCGUCCCGUCCUGGAUCGCAAGCCAGUCAGCAUUUGAAUGUUAGCGGAGGGUCUGGAGGGCCUCCGGGUGGACCACAGUCCGUUCAGCAGCCGGGAAGCAUCCAGAGACCCGGAUCGGUUAGUGAAGAGCAGGCCACUUGCAAUAUUCCGAUGGGUUAGACUUAAAGUAUUUUGGAGCCAAGUUUUAGACCGAUCGGAUCAUUUACUCGGGAGGCGUCUGCAAAGUUUGAUCCCAUCGGAAUAUUGCAAAUUGUCCGAAAGUCUAGACCCAGACACCCCCAUAUGGUUCUUCUUUAGGUCCUUGCUCCUGGCUCCGUUCAACCACCGGGAUCGCACGGCCCUCCGGCCUCCCACGGACCGCCUCCAUCCCAUGGACCGCCAGCCUCUCAUGGACCUCAGCCGCAAUCUAUCCAGCCUUACGGUCCCAGCUCGGUCCAACCACCGGGAUCCCAGCAGCCAGCACCCACUUCCGUCCAACCGGCGUCUGUGUUCCCGCCGGGAUCCGUGCAGCCACCGGCCAGCCAGCAACCACCGCCCUCCGGAGCAUCGGCUUCGACGGCCCCGCACCAACCACCGAAGCCCAAUGAGCCAUUGAAACCGAACGAAGAGCAGAUCCGAAUGGUGCAGGAUCCGGUGGACAUGGUGCGGAAUCUGGUGCAGAAGGAUCUGCGGAACGCGCUCGUCGAGAUGAACCGCCGCGGCGCCACCCUCGUCCGUCAGAGAGAUGAGGACGGAGAGGUGAGCACGGAGGAGAAGGCGCAGUACAAACGGGCGGCGAACGACUUCCACGCGGUGUGCGACGAGAUCGACCGGACGCUGACGACGGUGCUGGAGACGGCGAAGCAGUUGGGCAAACUGGAGAAGCUGUUCAUGGAUCGCAGCACGAAGGAUCUGAACGCGGAUGUCAUGAUCAAUUGUGUGCAGACUUUUGUGGACAACACGGAAGCGGUGCAAAACAUGUUCGAGAACACGAUCGGAACGGUGACCGACACGAUGGAGAAAGUGAGAAGACGUCAGAGGAAGUGGGAGGAGCAGAAGCAGAAUGAGGAAGAGGAAGAGGAAGAAGGCGAUGGAAACGGCGUCAAAAUGGAGGAAUAA